AUCUACGCGUGUAAACAAUACAAGAAACUUUCGCUAUGACAUCAGUGCAGCGCGGGUGCUUCGAACUUGCGAUCACUGAGCGGCGAUCGGCUACUGCCAACCGCGCUCUGCAGCCUCUGCUUCAUUCACACGACCACUGAACGCGUUCGGACCACAAAAAGAUUGCAGCACGCGUUCCGCGAGGCAAAUCCCACAGCCUUUAUAAUCCGCUGCGCUGUGCACUGCCAAGAUUGUCAACUCUGACUCAAAACAUCAUCCAUGGCACCCCCGGCCCUCAAAUCCAUCUCCCCAUACCUGCAACGCGCGGAAGAACUUCGAACCAAGGAGCCCAUCGUCGCGUAUUGGUGCACCUAUUAUGCAGCUCAGAUUGGCAUAUCGCUCAAGGCGAAGGAUACCGCUUCGCGCGACUUUCUGCUCCACCUCCUGGGAGAGCUUGAGAGAAUGAAACAGGAGAUUGGGCCGACCGACGCUAUCGAUGUUGAAGCCGCCAGCUCGGCAUACGUGGAAAACUUUGCGCUGCGAGUGUUCGCGGCUGCGGAUAACGAGGAUCGGUCGGGCAAUGUCACAAGGUCCACCGCAAAGAAGUUUUUGGCGGCGGCCCACUUCCUGGAAGUGCUCAAAACAUUCCCCAAGUCCGAAGUGUCCGAAUCUGCAAGUCUUGUGUUCUCCUUCUUCUCUUCUGCAUCGCUUACGUGGCAGGACAGAGCCAAGAAAAAAUCCGAUAUGCGAAAUGGAAGGCUGCCGAUAUCGCAAAAGCAUUCCGGGAAGGUCGCAAGCCCACGCCCGGUCCCGCCGAUUCGGGCAUCGAAGCGGAACUGGCUGAGCUCCAGGCGACCGCUGCUGCGGCCGGUAGAUCCAGCCCAGACAGCAUCGACACUCUGAAGGAGACGUCCCUGCCACAAAUAAGUGAGCCGGCCCCUAUCAAACGCACUUCACCCAAACUCGAAUCGGCCGAUAUCACCAACGCGAACCGCCGUUUCUCGUCCCAGAACACGCAUCCUGCGUUUGUGGACCCCACCGGACUCCAUCCCAGCCCCGAUCGCGGGGGAGCCGUGUCGCCCGGUCAGUGGAGCACCGUCGCCACCCCUGGCACGAAUGUUGCGACACCAGAAGUCUUCGCAAGGACGGAGAGCGAGUACUCGGGCGACCUGCUCGAUCCCCCGCCUGGGAACAAGAAGACUGUCCACUUCACGCCUUCCGUCGACGGAAUGUCCUCCCCUUCGGAAGAUGCCACAUAUUCGCC